AUGUCUGCAAUUAGGAAUAGUCAACGUAGACUAGUUCGACGUCUCAACUCUCGACCAGCGUGGUGCCAAGUUGUUACCCGUCCAGCGGUAUGUAGAGGUUUCUCUUCAACUGCACCUCCACAAAGUACAAUCGAUGGGGUACGCGUUUCCAAACUUUUCGCAGCGUUACUAGCGCUUGGGAUCGGAGCGACUGGUCUUGGGUUAUACGAAUUCUACACAUCCUUUACCCUCUGGCCAGAGCAGGUUCGCGGAGACCUCCGCGCAGGAAUAAAAGCGAGGAACCAAGGAGAUUUGUCUCUGAGCGAGAGAUACAUCACCCGCGCAUUCCAAACAGCACUAUCUCUUCCUUAUCAGACAUUCGCGCCAGAUCCGUAUCUAAAGCUAUCAGGUGUAGCCUCUCUCCUUUCCGAAGUCGCUUCAGACCGUCGCUCCCGAGAGGCCCUGCAGAUUGUUUGGGAGCUAGGUGCUGGUCCGAGAGGAGCGUCUGGAUGGUCAAGCUACACCUUGAGCAACGAGGAACGCCUUCGACGCGUAGCUCUUGCGUAUAAAUUGGGCCAAUUGGCAAGUGAGCGGGACGUGGAUGAGGAGGAGAAAUGGCUUAUAUGGGCUGUAGAGGAGGUUAUGAGGCUAUCUGGACUUGGGAUGAUGAACCCCAACUCACAUAUGAACACAAAAGCGCAAGAAAAUUCAGGGUCUGGCGCACUCGAAGAUCUCGAACUUCCGUCAUGGAUGUCAAAGACAGAUCUUGGCGCCCCACUGGAAGCCCUUGGUGCCCUUUAUGCGAAGAAAGGUAGAAUUGAGUACGCGAUGCCACUGUACCUUCAGGCUAUCUCCUUACUCUUGCUACCCAAAGCAAAUAACGUAUCCACUGAAGACCGAUGUCGAGCCGCUCAACUCAUGAAUAAUCUUUCUGAAUUGGUAAUGCGUCGUCCUUCCACACCAGAAGUGCGUGGGCAAGCUGAGGCGUGGGCGCGUCAAGCAUUGGGAAAUAUUGAGCGAGUACAAGCGCAGCCAAGAAGCUUACAAUGGUUCGGAUGGGGGCAGCCCGCUGAUGAUGGAAGGGAAGUUUGUGAGCAGGCGCUCGGCGUGAUGCUCUUCAAUCUGGGAAGCUUAAGAGAAAUGACAUCCGACUUGGAUGGUGCAAAAAAGCUGUUCGAGAAGAGCGCCGCGCAAUGUAGCAAGGCGGGCAUUAGGGAGGGCGUUGUUGAAGCGCAGGAGGCAUUACGGAGGGUUGAGAAAAUGAAGAAGGUGGGUUAA